CGAUGUUUAUACUCUGAAGGUUUAUUCUCAAUUCACAUUUCAUCUUUCAGACCUUAAGAUAAUUUCUUUCUCAAUCUAUAUUUGCUAUCUCUAUCUGCACCUCUUAAUCGCCCUAUCUCUACCGGAAGCAUGGCCACCGAAAAGAAGGAGAAGCUGGAACCUCAGAUCAAGUCCGUCGAUAUGACGGAGGAGAUGCAGCAAGAGGCUGUUGAAGUUGCCACUGAGGCGAUGGAGAAAUAUCACAUUGAGAAGGACAUUGCCCAGUACAUCAAGAGAGAAUUUGAUUCGCGCAAGGGAGCGACAUGGCAUUGCGUUGUAGGAAGAAACUUUGGCAGCUUCGUUACACAUGAAACGAAGCACUUCAUCUACUUCUACCUCGGGCACUGCGCCAUCCUCCUCUUCAAGACGCAAUAGAAUCAUACAUUAUGUUCACUUCCUACUUUGGGGAAGGAGAGUCGGCUUUACGAAGCCCUUCGGCUGAAAAGUGGUAACCCCGGAGUUGACCUUUCGGGAACAGUCACAGACGGAAGAGUGGUGCGCUGCUGCUGGACAUAACGGACCUCGGUUGCUGCUGGACAAGUCCAAUGUGUCUUGUUGAUACAGUCCUCGGCGGCACGCUGCAUGAAUAGCUUCACCUGCUUACCUUGAGCGACUUUAAACCUCUUGUUUUCUUGUGAAAUUUUUGAGAUAGAAGUACUAUUUUGUUUGGAAGACAUGUGCAAACAUGGCCUGAUGGCUUGUCUAUUAUGUUUACCGCCGUACAACCCUAUAUGAGAAUAGGGCCUUGGUAGCAUCCUGUGUCACACUUGACUUGGCCCAUUAUUUGUAUUGUGCCUGUUUCUGAUGGCGAAAAUGUAGAAGG